AUGUCAUCCCCGCACUCACGGCCGAUUAAGCGACUGUUGGUCGCCAACAGAGGAGAGAUUGCCGUUCGUAUUCUCCAUGCAGCACGAGAGUUACCAAAUCCAGUGGAGACAUUCACGCUCUACACAUCGGAUGACCGAUCGCACUGCGAUCUAGGACGACCACAACAUGUAAUUGAAAUUCCAUCAGCAUCAUCAUAUCUCGACAUUUCACUCCUGGUAGACCUAGCUCAAAAACACUCUAUUGACGCCGUGCAUCCCGGGUAUGGAUUCCUCAGUGAGAGUGCUGAAUUCGCAUAUCGCAUGUGGCACGAAGCCGGGUCUAUCGUCAUAGGGCCUGGAUGGGAAAACCUUGCCCGAACGGGCGAUAAGCUGCAAGCGAAACAGCUAGCGAAACAAUGUGGCGUCCCUGUAUUAGAAGCCAUGAGUCAACCUACGAGCAACGUGGACGAAGCAUGUGCGUUUGCAACGCAGGUUGGUUUCCCGGUUAUGAUCAAGGCUGUUGAUGGCGGUGGUGGCCGUGGGAUUCGUCUCGUUCGUGAGGAACAUGAACUGGAUAAUAGUAUUCAGAGGGCGAUUGGCGAGUCGCCUUCCCGGACUGUCUUUGUUGAGAAAGCUGCAGUGGAUGGGUUUCAUCAUGUUGAGAUCCAAAUCAUUGGCGAUGGGACAGGUCAGGUACGACAUCUAUGGGAAAGAGAUUGCAGUGCUCAGCGGCGGUUUCAGAAGGUGGUUGAAUGCGCCCCAGCCUUGAUGCAGGAUAGAGAGUUGGUCGGUCGAGUGAUUGAGUCUGCACUCAGGAUGGCAAGUGAAAUCUGCUAUCGAUCAUUGGGAACGUUCGAGUUUCUGGUCAGUGAGCAGCGCGGAGAAUUCUACUUCUUGGAGGUGAACCCGCGUCUGCAAGUUGAGCACACUAUUACGGAAUCUAUCAGUGGGAUAGAUCUGGUGCAGACACAGCUUCUUCUCGCCCAGGGAUACACUUUGCAUGGGCUGGGUCUCGGUGCUGAGGUCGACGCAAGUCAUCCUCCGCCAAAUGCCUUUUCAAUCCAACUUCGACUGUGUGCCGAAGACCCGAGCAACGGGUUUUCUCUGAGUAUUGGGAAAGUUACCGGGUUUACUGUGCCAAGUGGACAUGGAAUCCGGGUAGAUACUCAUAUCAAUCUCUCUGGCCCCGCACUAGUUGUGGGAUCCAACUUCGACAAUCUGUUGGCCAAGAUAAUCGUGACUGCGCCCACCUGGAAAGCAUGCGCUAGAAAAGCCCAGCGGGUCUUGGCUGAUUCUAGGAUCGACGGCAUGAAAACUAAUAUCAGCCUUCUACGAGGAAUUGUAGCUCAUCCUGAUUUCAUGGCCGGCAAAGUCGACACCCAAUGGCUUGGGCUCAAUCUUGACGCAGUACUCCAGCAAGGAGAGAAGAUAUCGAAGAUACUUCAGCGGCUAGAUGGCCCAGCCGGGUCUUCACAGCAAUUUAUCACCCAAAGUGGACUGCCGGCAUCUAAUCUUUUGUUGCGAAAAGGGGACGCAUGGUCAAUCACGUUAGAACCUCUGGUGAAAGGUUCCCAACAGUCAGACAAGAUUGCCCACCAUCUGCGUCUAUCCCGAGUGCUACGUAAUGAGUUCCCUACUUCACUCGCUGCCGAAAUUGAAUAUACGACUCCAACCUCGCAGGGCGCAAUCCCCUAUCGGAUGCAACUCGAAACAACUACGACUGCUGCAUCGGCAUUGGUGUCCUCGUCUCAUCGGCGAGGUGAUCCAAAGAAUCCUCACCACAUCAUCCUCCCUCUUUCAGGCAAAUUGAUUGAGAUACUGGUAUCGGAUGGAGGGGAUGUUGUUGAAAAUCAAGUCCUCGCUUUCGUCAAACAGAUGAAAAUGGAGCUCGAAGUACGAAGCCCUCGAAGUGGUCGGGUGAAAUGGGUUCAUGAGAUGGAAGAUGACGAGGAGGAUGUUGCCGAGGGCAUGCUUUUGGUCGAAUUAGAGCCAAACAAUGGCAGAGUGGAAGUUCGGGGCAAGUUAUGA